AUGAACAACUUCGGCGUCAUCGAAGUCGCCAGUCAAAAGACGAAAAACGCCCCAGGAUGGGCGUAUGUCCCAGAUACCGGCCUUACCCCCGCCGCGGCCGCUGCGCUACAACCUCUCAACCGAAAACGUGCUGCGCGAGAUAAGGCCAACGUCGGCGCUCCCGAUCUUACUGCCAGACAAGAUGCAAAGAUCAGGAAAGAUCUCGAGGCGCUAGACAAAGAUUCACAUAGGGAUGCGCAGAUUCCUAUACCGCCCAAGGCGGGCGGGUCAAGAGGUGCGCUUUCGUCCAAACUGUAUACCCAGAAGAGAGAUCACGGAGCUGACAUGACAUCGGCUUGGAUAGCCCAAAAUAAACACACACCGAACGUGCGCAAGAUUCUACAAUCACAAAAGACCUUCGCGAACCAUUUAGACGAUUACCAUGCCUUCCUGGCGCUAGCCGAGAGCAAUCCCCAGCUCGCAGCCCAAGUAAACAAACCAACGCCGACAACGACAGCGAGGAACUCUCCUGCUCCAUCGACCAUCACCACCGCAAGCACAAAUAAACGCUCCUCAGCCGCUUCCAAGCGGGCGGCGGUUACGGCAGCAGCAGCCGCAGCAGCGAAAGAAGAGAAGGCCGGGUCUAGCAAAAGGCCCAAGACCCAACCACAACCGAAGCCGGCACCAGCCGACGAUGACGAUGACGGCGAUGUAGAGAUGACCCCCGAAACCACAGAAGAAGCUACCGCCGCCGCAGACCCCUCAGAAUUACUCCCACCACGCCCCGACACAUCAACACCCCUCGACGAUUCCACGACAGAAACAACGGAAACGGAACCACCAAAACCCCAAUCCUACCCACCAGACGGCACCAUCCUCCCCGCCUACGCCCGGCCUCCACCGGUCCCGCACCCAGGCGACGACGACCCCCUGCUCGUCUCGCGCGUCCCUCCUUUUCCGACGGACGAGGAGCUGCGGGCGCUGAUGACGGCUCCGCCGCUGAGUUACACCGAGGCAAGGGCGCAGUGGACCGAGGAGGAGGAGGGCAGGUACCCGGUUCGCAGGUUCUGCGAGGUGUGUGGGUAUUGGGGACGGGUCAAGUGCAUCAAAUGCGGGGCGAGGGUGUGUGCUUUGGAGUGCUUGGAGGCGCAUCGAGAGGAGUGUUUGGUUAGGUAUGGGUUGUAG